AUGUGGUUCCUGCCGCCUGGUUGGCAAGAGCUAUUGUAUGACGCCUUUGGUGGGCUGCCUCAGCUGCCGUCUGGCUGGCAAGUCAAAGUGAGCCGGGAGCACGGCUUGCCCUACUACGCCAACAAGGAGCUGCGCCACACGCAGUGGUACCAUCCAGGACUACACGGCGACGCAUCCAUUCCUCGAGAGAUCUCUGGCUUGAAGCGCGCGUGGCGUCAGCUGCAAGAAGAACGCGAGCAACGUGCUGCCGCCCAAGUAGCGCAGCGCCAAGCAGCAGCAGACGCUGCGCGCCGGGCGAUCCUGGAUCGACUGGAAGACCUCGAGGGACCCACGGCCUUGUACGCCAAGGUGCGCAAUGUCCAGGCUAUCCUGCGGGGUUUCGUCCAGCGACGCAUAUACCAACGCCAGCACCGCGCAACCCGCAUUCUCCAGGCCAGCGUGCGCCAUUUCUUGCUGUCGGGCAAUAUCCGACGCAUCAAUUGCGUGCCCACCGUGCAAGCCCCACGUGUGCCAGGUUAGGGAGCUUGUCCGUGUGAAUCAACACCGCCAUCCCCUCCAUACUGUGCAGAGAGACUGGCGCAUACAUACUACUUGGC